AUUUUGAGGACGAAGAGUUUCUGUUUAUUUCUGAAGUAGCACUCUUGUUGGAAAAGAUACCCCCGUCUCAAAAGAAUAAUAAUGUAUAUAGAAAAACUGAGGAAUUAGUAAAUACAUUUACAAGGUUUCAUAACGAUGAAUCAGUGCGUGAACUUCGAAAAACUUUGAUGAGACAUAAACUUCACAAGUAUGAAUUAGCACAGUUGGCAAAUCUAGUUUGUGAAGAAAUAGACGAAGCAAAAUCAUUAAUACCAAGUUUAGCUAAAAGAUCUGAUGAGGAAAUUCGCGCUAUGCUUGAUGAUAUUUCAGCACUGAAAAA